AGGAUGAGAGAUGCGUCGCCAAUUUAACUCACGUUUCAGGAACUUGUAGACGCACGCCUCUUGCGACAGAAGAGAAACUCGAAUCGAAAAACAUAACGCCGAGUUUAGUUCCUGUGUGUGCAUGCCAUUAGCUGUGCAUGUUUCCGGUUUCAAUGCGUCUUCCUCUCCACAGCAGAGAGGGCCUCAAAUCAAAUCAGAGAAUGUGACAAAACUCUGGCCACAUUCGAAACACAUCCUUUGACUGACACCAUUUGACUUUAUUUUCGGACUUCCUCUCUCUAUACCUGGUGGACCAAAGUAUCCCAUCAUGCCUCUGGUGAACCUCCCCACCUCUCAGCUGCUGUGGUUCCGAGUGGCAGCGUUGCUCUUCACCUGCAUUGCCUUCAGCGUGGCCGGCAGUGGGGCAGAGCUGUACCAUGAGAGUAUGGCUGACUGGUGCAUCUUCUGUUGGGCCUUCAGCUUCGCCUGCACCCUCCUCGUCCUCCUCGUGGAACUUUUCGGUCUCCAGGCCCGUGUCCCUGUCUCCUGGACCAACUUCCCCAUCACAGUUGCCUGCUAUGCUGCGCUCCUCUGCCUCUGUGCGUCCAUUGUUUUCCCUUUAUACUUUUUAGGCAGAAAUACCUACGGCAAAAAGAGAGACCAUCGUAUUGUUUCGACCGUCUUCUCUUGCCUGGCUGCGGUAGCGUACAUGGGCGAGGUUAGCGUAUCCAAAGCCAGACCAGGAGAGGUGACCGGCUACAUGGCCACCGCUCCAGGACUGCUCAAAGUUUGCCAAACUUUUGUCGCUUGUGUAAUUUUCGUUCUCGUCAGUCACCCUGUAUCGUAUAAUCACCAUGCCGGGCUGGAAUGGUGCAUGGCUGUAUACUGCAUCUGCUUCAUCCUCUCCAUGGGGAUAGUUGUGCUAUGCAUUGGCGAGUGCACCGGGUGGCUUCCAAUACCGUUUUCGAAGUUUCUGUCCAUCUACGGGAUGCUAGCUGUUGUCAUGUAUUUGUCAGCAACCAUAAUUUGGCCAGUGUUUCAGUUUGGUAAGGAGAACCAGAGGCAGUACUUUUUGGACAGGUCCAAGCUGAUCACUGUGUCUGUGCUCACUGGUCUCAACUUCCUGCUUUAUCUCGCUGACCUCGCCUACUCCGCCAGGCUGGUUUUUGUUAGAACCUGAAACCUGAAAUAGUGCAAUCAAUUCAACCUGCACAAAAAUCAUUAAAAGUGCCUUGUUACGAUAAUGAUAUGAUGUGGUCUCUUAAAUGCAAUUAUCAAAUAGCAAACACUGUAUAAUUAUUUAAAGGUCCUAUAUGACACAAAUUGACCUCAACAAAACAUACCUGGAGUUGUGUUUUGUUUCAUUUAAACGUAUGUGUAAUCUUGUAUUAUUAGUCUGUCUACAUCUCAAAAGCUCAGAAUGUUCUGUUCCACCUUGUGAUGUCAUGAAACGGUAGUUUAUAAGUUAACGGCUCAUUUUACCUUCUGUAGAGAUUGGAAAUUCCAAAACACAGUGAAGCUCUUCCUGUAUUACCACAUGACAUCAGAACAUGAAAAAGGGUGCUUUAUGCUUUAUGCUCAGCCUAAAUAUGCAGCGUUUGUGUGUUAAACAUGUGAAUGAAACAAAACACAACUCCAGGUAUGAUUGUGAUAAGAAAACAACAUAAUAUGAGCCUGGUGUUUUUUCCAGUGUAUUUGUCCCAAUACUGGUAUACUGUAUAAGCAGCUCUUAAGGUCAAAAUAAUAAGAGAAGUUGAUAAUCAGGAAGUGUGUGUUAGCAUGUUAGUUGUUGUUUGCUUUACUGUGAUGCCAAAACUACACUCAAGUCUCUUAGGGUUGUGAAAAGCACUUAUAAACUCAUUGUGGUGAAUAAUUAGCUCAGAAUGCAUAGGGUAAAUGAGGAAUAACUUUGGACCACUGCAAAACGUUUGCAUGUGUGCGCUACUGGGCAUGUGCAAAAUGUUUAGUUUAGUGCUUCCCUCAUUCUGCAGAAAGUCACAGUGUUUUUCAGUCCCCUGUGAUGUUGUUUAAGCAGCUAUAUUUGUUUUGAUAAAAGAUUCUGAUCUGAUAUGAUUGGCCAACCCACCUGUCAAUCACUCCCAUUUGAAAACUGGGAGGUUUACUGGUGACCAGACUCACAUCUUUGUAAACUAUUGGAGAAGUGUGGAUCCCAGGCAACAACCUUAAAGAUGCACUAUGUAACUUUUCUAUGGAGGGUCCACCACCUGCUUGUCUCCAUAGAUAUUAUCGAUAUUAUAUGAUUAUUAUCUUUGCUUUAUCUGUAAUAUUCCACGGUAUAGCAUUAAAAUGAUCUACGUAGGAAACAGAAACAAGUGAUCCCUCCAAGUUCUGAUCUAUGGAAAGGUGAGUCUGCAAGCUAAACAAAUUCAUUUUUAAGGUAUUUUUUACAGAAAUAAAAACAACUGUAAUACUAUAGCUCCUAAAAGAUAAGUUUGGAUACAGACUUUCACCAGAAAAGUUACAUAGUGCAUCUUUAAAGCACUUUUUUUUUUUAAAAUAAUGUUUGUCAAGUUAAAGUACACAGAUUCUUUGUCAUAAGGUGGCUUUAAAAAAAUAAAAGGCUUCUGUACA